CGCACCGGAAGUUGUGCGACGCUAGCUCAUGCUUCUGAAACAAAGCUAAGGACGCUUGCUUUGAUCAUUUUUAAUUAAUAAUAGCCCAUUUUGGGCAACUGUUCAAAUAUUAAAUUAAAACAGUCGUUAUACGGAAUAUCACAAAAGCAUGGCCGCAGACUGGUUAGGUAGUCUGGUGUCGAUAAACUGCGGUGAAACCCUGGGAGUGUACCAAGGUGAGGUGUCGUCUGUGGACCAGUCCAGCCAGACCAUCUCCCUCAAACAGCCCUUCCACAAUGGAGUCAAGUGCACUGUGCCCGAGGUCACUUUUAGUGCUGUGGACAUCAAGGAGCUGAAGGUCCUGGAUAUAGUGAGUGGUAGAGGUGGUGUGGUUCAGAAGAGCAGCGAUCCGGUCUCAGUCCCACACAGAGGACACCAUAAGACCCAGGACAGGCUGGCUUCACCGCAACUGCAGUGCUCUAAAAGCUAUGGAGAUAAACACCUGGACGUGCCGGGCCAGCCCAAGGGUUUCCGACGGAGACACAACUCCUGGUCGUCCAGUAGUCGGGGCGCCACCCAGGUCACCCCGAAGAAGAACGGCGUAAAGAACGGCGUAAAGAACGGCGUAAAGAACGGAGGUGGUGGUCAGAGGCAGCACAGGGACGAUGAGUGUUUCGGGGACAAUAUGGACGAUGGGCUUGACACAGACUUUGACUUCGAGGGGAACCUGGCUCUUUUCGACAAAGCUGCCGUGUUCUCACAGAUCGCCGGGUCAGAUCGCCGCGGUAACGGCGCCCGGUCGCGCGGUACGCCGCAAGAGCAGCAGCCGUCGCAAUACCGCCACGACAAGAACAUUCUAGAGACCAAACCUGUGGUUUACAGGCAGAUAGCUGUCCCACAGCCUGGGGCCAAAGAGUAUUGCACUGACUCAGGCCUGGUGGUGCCCAGUAUUUCCUACGAGCUGCACAAGCGUCUGUUGUCAGUAGCUGAACGUUAUGGCCUCUCAUUGGAGAGGAGGCUGGAGAUGACAGGUGUGUGUGCCAGUCAGAUGGCCUUGACGCUGCUGGGCGGGCCCAACAGACUGACCCCUAAGAAUGUGCACCAGCGGCCCACUGUGGCUUUACUCUGUGGGCCUCACGUCCAGGGGGCCCAGGGCAUCAGCUGUGCUCGUCACCUGGCCAACCACGAGGUGGAGGUCAUACUGUUCCUGCCUAACUUUGUCAAGAUGCUGGAUGCCGUCUCCAGCGAGAUCACCCUUUACACCAAGACAGAGGGAAAACACGUCUCCAGUGCUAAAGAGCUUCCAGACAGCCCUGUGGACCUUAUCAUCAACUGCCUGGACUGUCACGAGGACACCUUCCUUAUGGACCAUCCGUGGUACCAGGCCGCUGUAGACUGGGCCAACCAGAACAGAGCUCCCGUGCUCAGCCUGGAUCCUCCGGUCAGCGGACAGGGCCACGCCGUAGAAGCCAAGUGGACACUGUCUCUGGGUCUGCCGUUACCGCUGUCGGAGGGAGUAGGAAGGGUUUACCUGUGUGAUAUUGGGGUUCCCCAACAGGUGUUCCAGGAAGUUGGGAUCAAGUAUCAUUCUCCGUUCGGUUGUAAAUUUGUGGUGCCGUUGCACUCUGCGUAACUGAAGGGUUCGAAUUACACGUCGUCUCUUGGGCGCGCCCUACAUCUCUUGGGCGUACCCUACGUUUUGUUCUGAAAAGUAAUUUGAACUAUGUUUAACUGGACUGCAAUGACCUUUGACCUUCCGAUUUGAACUUUUGAACUCUCUCACUGACCAUUCAGGGUAGUGUUCACUAUGUGCAAAACGAAAGAAAACUCGGAAAUGAAAUGAAACGGGGGGGGAGUUAGUAUCUGAAGUUAAGAAAAGCUUGUUGGAGUGCCCUGAUGAACACAACCCCGGGUUUGGGGGAUUGACUACAAGCAAGCCUUAAAUUCUCCUGACUUUUAACUUAAGUGUUAAAAAUCAUUUAUCCUUUUUAUUACUAAUGACUCUCGAGAAGACUUGUCCAAUAGAUACAUUCAUACAACACUUUUCCAGGAUUUGAACCAAGGAAUGAGAGGAGAAGUAUGAUGAUGACAACCCUGAGACAUGGCUGGAAACUCCUAUGACCAUAUCCUUUUACAAUAUAGACUAUAUCCUCAGACAUUGUUGGGUCCGGAAACCAGGAAACCAUGACAGGAAAAACCAACCAACAGUCCGGCAGCCUGCUGCCGAUGCGGAGAACCCAUUUCAUCCAGAUCGGCAACCUCAGUUUCUGUGAAGGGUAAGCAGGUCAUCGCUAGAUGUACUGUCUUGGGGUACAGUUAAUUGAUUCAACAUCAAGAAUGGCACCAUAGAAGAAGUCCUGGUGUUAAUACAGUGACUGGGCUCAACAUUCUCGGAGGCUUUAGAGGGGGGAAAAAACAAGGAAAUACCAUCUCAGUGUUGGAGAAACUGGACAACCCCCCCCAGGAAAUACCAUCUCAGUGUUGGAGAAACGUUGGUCGUCACCGGCCCAGGGGGCUGUCCCAGUCCAGGGGAGGAAAUACGCUGCAGACAGGAACCUUCACAGGCCUAAGGCGUCUACAGCCAUGUCUCAGGGCAACAGGAUUACUAUGUUUAGAUGUGAUCUCGGAACUAUUGUCUUUUUAACUUUUCUUUUAUGUAAAAAUGUUCUGUAAUGUCAUGAAAUAUAAUGUUAUGUUGCUAAGUAAUGGUUGUCAUGGAAAGGUCAUGGCAUGUUAUUUUCUGAUAAUGUGAUGAGUAUAAAGGGUGCCUAAGAUCACUCUCUGUUGGUGUCUUGGUACUACAGCAUGAUGAAGAACAAGCCUGAGCCUAUGGCCUGAGCCUAUUGGCCGAGGACGGCCUGAGCCUAUUGGCCUGAGCCUAUUGGCCGAGGACGGCCUGAGCCUAUUGGCCUGAGCCUAUUGGCCGAGGACGGACGGCCUGAGCCUAUUGGCCUGAGCCUCUUGGCCGAGGACGGACGGCCUGAGCCUAUUGGCCUGAGCCUAUUGGCCGAGGACGGACGGCCUGAGCCUAUUGGCCUGAGCCUAUUGGCCGAGGACGGACGGCCUGAGCCUAUUGGCCUGAGCCUAUUGGCCGAGGACGGACGGCCUGAGCCUAUUGGCCUGAGCCUAUUGGCCGAGGACGGACGGCCUGAGCCUAUUGGCCUGAGCCUAUUGGCCGAGGACGGACGGCCUGAGCCUAUUGGCCUGAGCCUAUUGGCCGAGGACGGACGGCCUGAGCCUAUUGGCCUGAGCCUAUUGGCCGAGGACGGACGGCCUGAGCCUAUUGGCCUGAGCCUAUUGGCCGAGGACGGACGGCCUGAGCCUAUUGGCCUGAGCCUAUUGGCCGAGGACGGACGGCCUGAGCCUAUUGGCCGAGGACGGACGGCCUGAGCCUAUUGGCCGAGGACGGACGGCCUGAGCCUAUUGGCCGAGGACGGCACAGGAAAGGUUGGAGGGAUGUUUUGCUCAGUCCUAUUACAAAGACUCCACCUAUUACCUCCUCUCUUAGUGAAAGUUGGGUGAAAACACUCAUGCAAAAAUGUUACCUGCAAGAUGUCUGCUUUCUUUGGUAUGUAAAGAGAGUGAGAUGGACUCACUUACUUGACGUGGUCCUCUUUAUCUUCUGCCUCCUGGACUUUCUUUGGACAGUCUUUACACUUGCCUAAACCAAAUGUCAAUCAGUCUAUAAAACUAUGCUACAAUUUGCAUCAUUCUACUAUCUGCACUUGAAGUGACUGCUGUGCAAAGAGGAUAUGUCUUUAUUAGAAUUAGAGGAUAUGUCUUUAUUAGAAUUAGAAUAAGAGGAUAUGUCUUUAUUAGAAUAAGAAUAUUAGAAUUGAGGCUAUGUAUGUCUUUAUUAGAAUUAGAGGAUGUCUUUAUUAGAAUAAGAGGAUAUGUCUUUAUUAGAAUUAGAAUUAGAGGAUAUGUCUUUAUUAGAAUUAGAGGAUAUGUCUUUAUUAGAAUUAGAAUAAGAGGAUAUGUCUAUUAGAAUUAGAGGAUAUGACUUCAUUAGAAUUAGAGGAUAUGACUUCAUUAGAAUUAGAGGAUAUGACUUCAUUAGAAUAAGAGGAUAUGUUUUUAUUAAAAUUAGAGGAUAUGUCUUUAUUAGAAUUAGAAUUAGAGGAUAUGUCUUUAUUAGAAUUAGAAUAAGAGGAUAUGUUUUUAUUAAAAUUAGAGGAUAUGUCUUUAUUAGAAUUAGAAUAAGAGGAUAUGUCUUCAUUAGAAUUAGAAUAAGAGGAUAUGUCUUCAUUAGAAUAAGAGGAUAUGUCUUCAUUAGAAUUAGAGGAUAUGACUUCAUUAGAAUAAGAGGAUAUGACUUCAUUAGAAUAAGAGGAUAUGUCUUUAUUAGAAUUAGAAUAAGAGGAUAUGUCUUCAUUAGAAUUAGAGGAUAUGUCUUCAUUAGAAUUAGAGGAUAUGACUUCAUUAGAAUUAGAGGAUAUGACUUCAUUAGAAUAAGAGGAUAUGACUUCAUUAGAAUAAGAGGAUAUGUUUUUAUUAGAAUAAGAGGAUAUGACUUCAUUAGAUUAAGAGGAUAUGUUUUUAUUAGAAUAAGAGGAUAUGUUUUUAUUAGAAUAAGAGGAUAUGACUUCAUUAGAAUAAGAGGAUAUGUUUUUAUUAGAAUAAGAGGAUAUGUUUUUAUUAGAAUUAGAGGAUAUGUCUUUGUGUUUCAAAGUAUGAUAUAACAUGAUGACAUUUCUUUUGUUCAACUUUUUUUGGGUUGAGAAGGAGAUGUUGCUAAUGUGAACAAACUCAGUUCUAGAUAUUUUUCUACAGUACAUUUCUACGUUUGUAUUAACGAGGAAAUGGUUUCAAGCAGAUAUUUGUGUUGAUAUGGGCAGCUGGCAUGGUUGAAACGUCACCUUAUCUGAUAUUUCCAUUUUUUCUUUUUUAAUCUUUUUUUUUCAGUUUGAAUUGCUUGCAUGGUUGAGAGAGAGAGAGAGGCAUUAUGUCACACAUCCCUUUAAAGCUCUCCUGCCUGGAUACUUGUUAUCUUUGGUAUCAAUUACAUUUCAAACCAUGUGAAUGAAACUUGUUUACACACAGUGAGAACAACCCCUUUAACUAACUUUUGUCAAUGGUUUUUCAUACCGUGAUGGGAAUGCCCUAAAGUCAUGCUGUGUGCCUACCCAGUGAUUAACAGAUCUUGGGACUAUAAAGGCUCAAUCUGCGUGAAUAGGAUUCUGAGAUAAUUGGCUUGAAAGUUCAGAGGGUUUGAGUGGUGUCAGCAAUUUUUUAUCUUGUAUUCUUUUGAAUUUACCAACAUGAAUUGGGGUACUUAGAGUAUUAUAUAGGUGGAGAACAGGUAACAGAACAAGGCUAUGUCAAUAACUCAAAUUCGACCCCUCCAAAAAAUGCAGAUGAAACCUUUGUGCUCUCGACAUGUUUUUAUUUUCUGUUGUUGUUGUGAACUUCACUUGAAAUCUUAGAAGAGCAGCUUACUGCUAGACUAUCAACUGCCUCGUGUUUAAAAGGUGCUGUGAGGAUAUUGUUUACAAGAAUCAAACCCAUUUUUUAAAAUGUAUUUUUCCCUCCAGAGAAUGGGUAGGCCAGAUAUUCUCUCUCUCUGGAUCCUUAUUGGAUAAUGUGUGACUGAGGGGGAGGGACAUCUUAAUCUGUAGAUUCUGGUUGGUUCCCCGUCAAACCCUCACUCAUUUCCAACACUAGAAAGAACAUUCUUUUAACACCUUUUUUUUUAAAGCAUGUUCAUUUAUAAUAAUGCCAGAUUACAAAUGAUUGAUUUCCUAUGCAUUGAUGAUAACAACCCCCCCCCCAUGGACAAAUUAUAUCUGUAGUAGUCUCGUGCUUCAGACUUCAUCCCCAAUAGCCUGGGUGUUCUGAAUGAGAUGGGUAAACCAUUGGGGUUGUGAGUCCCUCUCUGUGGUUCUACUGGCCCCCUCUCUGUGGGUCUACUGGCCCCCUCUCUGUGGGUCUACUGGCCCCCUCUCUGUGGGUCUACUGGCCUCCUCUCGGUGGGUCUGCUGGCCUCCUCUCGGUGGGUCUGCUGGCCUCCUCUCGGUGGGUCUGCUGGCCUCCUCUCGGUGGGUCUGCUGGCCCCCUCUCGGUGGGUCUACUGGCCCCCUCUCGGUGGGUCUGCUGGCCCCCUCUCUGUGGGUCUGCUGGCCCCCUCUCGGUGGGUCUGCUGGCCCCCUCUCGGUGGGUCUGCUGGCCCCCUCUCGGUGGGUCUGCUGGCCCCCUCUCGGUGGGUCUGCUGGCCCCCUCUCCUCUCGGUGGGUCUGCUGGCCUCCUCUCCUCUCGGUGGGUCUGCUGGCCUCCUCUCCUCUCGGUGGGUCUGCUGGCCUCCUCUCCUCUCGGUGGGUCUGCUGGCCUCCUCUCUGUGGGUCUGCUGGCCUCCUCUCUGUGGGUCUACCUGCCUUUUUGAGAAAGGAUUAGCAAAUCAAUUGAAUUUCUAUUCAAACCAUAGAGGCUGAUUUCCUGGAUACAGAUUAAGCCUAGUCCUUGACUGAAAUGAAUUAAUUUUCCAUGGAUGAUCUCCAUUGUGCUUUUUAGGACUAGUCUGUGUCUGGGAUACCACUCCUAAAUCUCAUGGCAAUAUGUCUGGGACUUUAGGAAAAACAUUUUAUUGUUAUGAUGAUUUAAGCAAUCCUUAGUGUUUUUUUAAAAGGGGAUUUUUGUUAGUUUUUUUUCUGGCUAAAUGCAUUCGGUAGAGUCCAGGGCCCAGAUUCAUAAAGUGUCUCAGUGUAGGAGUGCUGAUCUACGAUCAUUUUUUACAUUUUUGAUCAUAGUGAAUACGAUAUGGGUCCUAGAUAGCGAAUACGAUAUGGGCCCUAGAUAGUGAAUACGAUAUGGGCCCUAGAUAGCGAAUACGAUAUGGGCCCUAGAUAGCGAAUACGAUAUGGGCCCGAGAUAGCGAAUACGAUAUGGGCCCGAGAUAGCGAAUACGAUAUGGGCCCGAGAUAGCGAAUACGAUAUGGGCCCGAGAUAGCGAAUACGAUAUGGGCCCUAGAUAGCGAAUACGAUAUGGGCCCUAGAUAGCGAAUACGAUAUGGGCCCUAGAUCUACACUCCUACUCUGAGAGAGUUUAUUUUACAGGCCCAGAACCACAGGAUAACCAUUUUUGUUUUUUUUAUUUGCAGUAAUUGUAAAAAAAAAUGUUAUCACAUUUUAAAUCCAUCUGUUUAAUUUUGGUCUCCAUUAUAGCUUCCUAAAGAAGGGAGAGCACAUUUCUAUUUGAAUUUGUGAUCCUACAGGGUCACCUGACUGAGGCCGACUCCUACAGGGUCACCUGACUGAGGCCGACUCCUACAGGGUCACCUGACUGAGGCCGACUCCUACAGGGUCACCUGACUGAGGCCGACUCCUACAGGGUCACCUGACUGAGGCCGACUCCUACAGGGUCACCUGACUGAGGCCGACUCCUACAGGGUCACCUGACUGAGGCCGACUCCUACAGGGUCACCUGACUGAGGCCGACUCCUACAGGGUCACCUGACUGAGGCCGACUCCUACAGGGUCACCUGACUGAUCUAACACUGUAGAUAUAGUUGCCAGUGUCAGUUUGGCAUGACAAUUCCAUAAAGACUUGGCCAGAGAGCAGAAACAAACUCAUAAACAUAUUACAGCCCUGUCUCAAAAUAUUCCAGUGAUGGAUGUGGUUUACAUUGUCUAACUGAGGGGAAGAGAGAAAGAGACUUCUGGUAUUUACAAAAAUGUGAAAAGGUCAGCUUCUGUUAAUGACAGUAUUUACCAUCUAUUUCUAUGGUCUAGACCUUUUAUAUACCAUCUGUUCUUUAUAUACAUUUGACCAGGGUCUAGAUGACUUAGGGCCCUACAUUUGACUAGGGUCUAUAUGACUUAGGGCCCUACAUUUGAUCAGGGUGUAAAUGGGAAUAGGUAUCAUUUGGUACACUUAAGUAAACUCAAACUCAUCUGACUAAUAUGGAAUGAUUGAUGUAUUCCCAUCUGGGCCACCAGGGGGCCAUAACAGCAUGCUUUGUUGAGUUACAGGAUAUAUAUAGUAUUUUGUUAAAUAUUUUAUACAGAAGGCCUUGUGAAUGUCGACAUGAAUUGGUUUUCACAUGGGCAGAGUUAAGGCAAUCGAAUGAGCCACAAUGGAAAAGACGCCAGCUUCCAGAGUAGUAACCACCACCAUGUGGUGAAUAUAGCUGGUCUCCUGGCAAAAUUGGCAUGGAUGAAAUGUCUCGUUGAAGAUGACCGUAUAAUUCUGGGGUGAUGGACAAUCCUCACUGUCAAUUUGUUAUUCUGUGCUCAUUGUCCACAUACGGAAUAAAACAUGUUGUCAUGAGAAAAUUAACAAAUAAAAAGGUUGAUUAACUUA